UUCUCAUGUCAUGGUGUCCGUGAAAAUCUUCCCAAGAAUCUACAGUUGGAACUUGACGCCAUGCGCAAAGGAAGUCAAAAUGACUUAGAAAUUAUAUACGGGAUUCAACCUACACUGGCGGCUUUGUCUGCUAAACAAAGGUCUAUUUCGCACAUUUACGUCAGGGACGAUCUUCUUCAAUUUCCCUCUAAAUGCUCCACCUAUAAAAACCAGUGGGUGUCAAAUCUCAUUCAGGUGGCUUCUACCUCGGAUAUCAAAAUUAAGUCCGUUCCUCGUGAUUUCCUUUCAUCUCUCACAAACGGUCGCUCGAACCAAGGCGUUGCUAUUGCGUGCACCCCAUUGCCUACGCCAAGUCUUCAUGGUGUGUCUGCACACUCUCUUCUUCACUUUAUUCAUUGUAGAUCUGGUAAUGGCAAAGUAGGCUCUUGUUGUGGUUCGUCAUCUGUGGUGCUGUUUUUGGACCAGGUGCAGGAUGUCAUGAAUGUAGGUAGCAUACUUCGUUCUGCCGUCUUCUUUGGUGUCCCUACGGUGUUAUUUUCAGCUCAUUUCUCUGCAUCCCCAUCUCCUCUGAUAAGCAAGCUUAGUGCUGGAGCAAUGGAAGCCUUACGCUUCUUUCGUGUUUCGAAUUCUGUUUCUACGUUAAAACAAUUGCAUGAAUUCGGCUUCACUAUAGUGGGCACUGCCGGAAAUCAACCGAAGUUUCAGGAGAAUUUUGACCAUAGCCAACCGUUGGAGCUACCGUUGGUCAAACCUGAGAUGGUGGGUGCGUCAGCCACCCAGUCACGCCGGCCUCUUGUCCUGGUGCUUGGUUCGGAAUCAACUGGAUUAUCUGCAAGUGUUUUGUCCGUAUGUAAUCUUAUCAUCAGGAUUCCUGGUCUCGUUGAUGUUAUGGCCGAACGGUUGGAUGGUUCUACCGAGGCGCUUCCCACAUCCCUUAAUGUUGCGGCUGCAACCGCUAUCCUGCUACACAGCCUUCAUCGAAUACGUGCAUAG